CUUGAUAAUUCCGCAAUUAACAUUAACUUGCACUACAAAUCAAAACUUCUUAGAGAAGAAGAAGAGCCAUAAACAUAAACAACAUCCCAAAAAAAACAAAUUUUUUUUACAAGAUUCAAGGAAAUAACAAAAAAAAAAGAAAAAAAAAAGAAUUAGUCCCCCAAAAUUUUAUCAAAAUAAAAACUAACAAUUUUCUAGAGAGAGAAAAUAUAGGAAGCUAGAGAGACAAAGAGAUAGUGUAUGAAGUUAUGAACCCUCUUCUUCUUCUCUUCCCAUUUAAACAAACAGGUCAAACCCAACAAACAACAAGAAACACCAACACACCCCAAAAAACAACAACCCAUCAUUUUCUCUCUCCUCUUUCUUCAUCACCCACCUCUCUAAUCAUCAUAACCUUCCACCGCCGGUAACUUUUCCGGUGACUUAUGUGAUUUUUACUCUGGUUUCCGGUAAAUACCCGGUAAUCGGUGAAAAGGGUUUCGUUUAUUUUCUUCUUUUAGUAGAACUAUAUUUAGUUAGUUUUUUUUUUUUUAUUAAAUGAAACAUCAGCAAACAAAGGGUAUUAAUAAAAACAAUGGAUUUACCCGUAAUUCUUUCAAGUUUAUUUCAUCUUGUAUUAAGACUGUUUCUUCCGGUGUCCGGUCAGCCGGUGCUUCUGUUGCCGCUUCCAUUACUUCUGAUUCAAAUGACAUCAAAGACCAGGUGCUAUGGGCUUGCUUUGAUAAGAUAGAACUCAGUCCAUCUAGCUUCAAGCGUGUUCUGUUACUUGGUUAUACCAAUGGCUUCCAAGUAUUGGAUGUUGAUGAUGCCUCAAUUGUUACUGAGCUGGUGUCAAGGCGGGAUGGAGCAUGUACUUUUUUGCAAAUCCAGCCUCUCCCUGCUAACUCCGAAGGUGGUGAAGGAUUCAGGGCAUCACAUCCUUUACUUCUGGUUGCUGCAGGAGAUGAAACCAAGGGUCCCGAUCCCACUCAGAGGAGGAGAGAUGGGUUGGUUAGAGAUGGCUAUAUUGAAUCCCAAACUGGGAAUGUGGUCCAUUCUCCAACCGCUGUUCGCUUUUAUUCGUUGAGGUCUCACAACUAUGUUCACGUUUUGAGAUUUCGUUCUGCUGUCUAUACAGUUAGAUGUUGUCCUCGCAUUGUUGCUGUGGGCCUUGCUUCGCAAAUAUAUUGCUUCGAUGCUCUUACUCUCGAGAACAAAUUCAGUGUUUUGACUUAUCCGGUCCCUCAAAUGCCUGGCAUGGGAUUGGUUGGUAUCAAUGUUGGUUAUGGUCCUAUGGAUGUUGGUCCAAGAUGGUUGGCAUAUGCUUCUAAUAACCCCUUGUUGACUAAUACAGGGCGGUUAAGUCCUCAAAGUCUUACACCUUCUCCUGGUGUGAGCCCGUCCACAUCUCCUAGUGGUGGGAGUAUGGUGGCUAGGUAUGCUAUGGAGUCGAGCAAGCAGUUGGCUUCUGGGCUGAUUAGUCUUGGUGACAUGGGCUAUAAGACAUUCUCCAAGUACUGUCAUGAGCUUCUUCCUGAUGGUUCUAGCUCUCCUGUAACUGCCAGUUCUGGCUGGAGAGUUAACAAAACUUCUGCUAAUUCACCUGAGGAGAUUGCUGGGAUGGUUAUUGUUAAAGAUUUUGUUUCCAGAGCUGUUAUAGCACACUUUAGGGCUCAUACAAGUCCAAUUUCUGCGCUGUGUUUUGAUCCUAGUGGGACACUUUUGGUGACUGCAUCAAUACAUGGUAAUAAUAUAAACAUCUUCCGGAUAAUGCCAUCAUGCUCAAAGAAUGGAGCAGGCAGUCAAAACUACAAUUGGACAUCAUCUCAUGUGCACUUAUACAAGCUUCAUCGUGGCAUCACAUCAGCUGUCAUUCAAGAUAUCUGUUUCAGCCAAUAUAGCCAGUGGGUAGCUAUAAUCUCAUCAAAAGGAACUUGCCACAUAUAUGUUCUGUCUCCCUAUGGCGGGGAGUGCGGGCUUCAAGUUCAGAAUUCUCAUGUUGAUGGACCUACUCUUGUUCCCGUCUUAUCUUUGCCAUGGUGGUCUACUUCAUCUUUUACUGUGAAUCAGCAGGCCUUUUCUGCUCCGCCGCCACCUCCAGUAACACUUUCUGUGGUUAGUAGAAUAAGAACUGGUAAUUCCGGGUGGCUCAACACAGUAAGCAGUGCUGCAUCUUCUGCAGCCGGAAUGGGCUCUGUGCAACCUUCUGCUGUUUCGGCUGUUUUUCAUUGCUCAAUGCCAAUUGGAUCGCUGCCUGGACGCUCGAAUUCCUUGGAGCACCUUUUGGUUUACUCUCCUUGUGGUCAUCUUAUCCAAUAUGGACUUCUCCCUUCUAUGGGGACGGAGACUGCUGAUACUGCUUCAAGAACUGGGUCAGGGUCACUGGUGCAGAUGCAGGAUGAGGACUUAAGGGUGAAGUCUGAAGUCGUUCAUUGGUGGGAUGUUUGCCGAAGAGCAGAUUGGCCAGAAAGGGAGGAGUGCAUCAAGGGGAUUGUUUUUGGUAGAAAAGGUUCUUCAGAAAUGAUGUUGGAGACAUCUGACUCUGAAGAUAAUGACAAUGGUGGAAAGGCAGAAGAGCUGCAUGAACAUUCCACCUUAUAUCUAUCCAAUGCAGAAGUUCAAAUGAAUUAUGGCAGGAUACCGACAUGGCAAAAUUCUAAGGUACACUUCUUCGCUAUGAGUUCUGUGAUCCCUGACAGACAAAAAUGUUCUGUUGAUGAUGAUCUUGGUGGAGAAAUUGAAAUUGAGAAGCUCCCUCACCUAGAGAUUGAAAUAAAGCGGAAGGAUUUGUUGCCUGUUUUUGAACACUUCCACAAAGUGAAUUCUGAUUGGAGCAACAGGGGUGCAAUUGGGGAUAUGUAUUCUACUUCCACAGCUGAAGCUCGUUUGGCUGAAGAUAAGUACCCAUCUCCUGCUGUUGUCCAAUCUCAACCUGUACAUAACUCACAGUUUGGACCCUUUGAAUCGGCUGCACAGAUGGACAUAUACAAGUCUUAUCUGGGAAUUGCUCAAAAUCAGAUUGUCAACAAUGGGAUAAAAGUUCCUACUACCUUUCCUUUGCCUUUACUGACCCAAACCUCACUAAAAACUGACACUUCCAUUAUGGAAAUCUCUCCACCUGAAAACAGUUGCCUUGUAAAUAGUCCAUCCCCUGUAAAAAAUGCAUCACUUUCAGCUGAAAGAGCUAACCCAAAGGAAGUCCAAUCGUCCAGCAGUGUUGGAGGUAGUGAAGCCUCAAAUGUUAGUUCUAACCGUUCUGAUUUUAGUAUGAACGUUGCUGAAGAAAGCUCUGUCCAAGACCCAUUAGAUUAUGGGGGUUAUUUCGAAGAGGAAUAUUGUAAAGCUGCACCUCUUGAUGAAAGCCAUGAGCUGUCUGAAGUUGUUACUGAUGUAGAUAGCAGCAGUAGCCCCCGUGAGAAAGCGAAGUCUGAAGAAGAUGGCGAGAGUGAUGAAUUGCUUGGAGGUGUUUUUGCCUUUUCUGAAGAAGGAUGAAAAGCAAAUCUCAGCCGGCUCUCUUUGUGCUGGACUUGCUGUCAAGUAUAGUAAAAUUAUAGUCAGAGGUCCACCAAAUCGAGGGUGAUGAUUCAAGUGAUUUAAGGUUCUGUCCAUCAUAGCCAUUUGAUAUUGAAUCUAUGGAAUAGACUCGUUCUCUCGGGGGUUACGAUGUAUAUUUUUUUCUUCUUUUGUUGUUCCUCUUUUGUGUCAUUGCUACCAAAGCAAGUGCUUCUGGUUUUCCAUUCUUCUAGUUUACAUGUACAUGUUGUAGAUUGAAUAGUGCAAAUGAUUUCUGUGAUCAUAUGUUCUUUUAAUGCUCUGUAACAUUAAAUUCUUCAAGGAAAGAAAAAAAAAAGAGAAAAUUUAGAAAUAAGAAAAAGGAAAGAAAAAAAACUUGGAUGAUUGUUA